UGUUUACAAUAUUUUUUGUGGAUUCAUCGUCUUAGCUUCAUUCAAAUCUUUUGUUAAUCCAACGGUUGUGUAUAUAAUUUCCUACUGGGCCGCAUAAAGCUUGUAACGUCGAGUCCAAAGACAGGACAAAACCUAUUUAAUCUCCAGUCUUUUUCUUUUAAUUUACCGUCGGAUACUGGCCGCUCAAUACUUAGCACUCUUGACAUUACCCUCGAGAUUCGGUUGUUCUACGAGAAUGUGUUGAAUCACGACUUAAAAUGUAGAUUGGGAACAAAAAGCCGAGUGAAAUCUCGCCAACGAAGCUUUCAGAGUAACUGGUCGACGUACUGUUGGGACUAAAAGAUUAUUCACGCUGAUUAAGAUGACAGCACAAGCAGAGGAAAGAGACGAAACUCCGCAAGAGAUAUUAUUGGCCUUGAAGAAAGAAAUGAAUUAUCUCAAAGACGAGGAAAGCUCCCUAAAAGCUCAGCUUCUUUCACUCAACAAACAGUUCCAGCUACUGGUGAAAUCUGCCGCCGAGAUAUAUCCGGAAGUUUUGGACGAAGAAUUUCCUAAGAAGGCCGCUGCCAGGCAACGAAACAGACUUCUUCAUAGACCAUUCAAAAGUCCGGACAGUGACACAGGAAAGGCAGUUGGGGCCACAAGGUCACCAAGCUUUACCAAGGGUAGCUAUAAGUCACAGGAAUCCCCUCUUAGAAGGCCGGUGUUUGAUUUGAAACGAUUCCCGCGACGGUACAUAAGAUUGACCAGCGAGGAGGCAGCGGCGCAGAUUCAGGAACAGUUUGAAAAAAGCACUAAUGCAGCUUCGGGGAUUGACGCGAGGAAAAUAAGAAGCUCGUUACCAAAUUCGCCUACAGACGAAACGGUCAUAAGCCCUGUGGUCAGUACAGAAACCCCUGACGAUGAACGGAGAAAAAGGCUGAAGAAAAAGAUGUUAGAGUCAAGAAAAGUCGACGUUGUAAACUUGGGUUUGUUUUGAGAUCCUUUUUAAGGGAUUAUCUUCUCACAUCCUAAUCUCGUACCCAGAUCCUACCGUGUAACUAUAAAUUACAUUCGCUUGGCCAUGCAAGGUAUGGGUACGAAACUAUUCACAUCCCUCGACAUUCCCCCCUACAAAUGCCCCUCCCCUCCCCCCAAAAAAUAGCUCAAGGUAUUAGCCAUUUGGAAGAGGGAGGACGUAUGGGACACCUCUCUUUUAAAUUAAUGACACUCACCAUCUCUCACGUUUCUCACCAUCUCCAUAAAGUUCAAUAAUUGAGCAAAAGAAUACUUACCUUGUUCGACCGCUUAGUUUAUAUCAGGAUGCCAAUUAACUAUUUAUAAAAUGUAGAGCUUAAAGUCAUUCAAUACAAGUAAUACAUCAGUAUUGUAAGGCAGAUUUGUACAUACGAGUUACGGAGCAAUUUUUAAAUUGAGUGUCAAAAUAAUUCAGAAUUGCUCUGGUUUUGCUUUACUUUGCUCUGUGAUUGGUCCAGAAAACUUGCGCCAUCUUGUUAACCAAAACUUAAUUCAAUCGGAAUUGGGUAGCUCACGUUUUCGCGCGGUAAAAAAUGGCGCACAAUUUGGUCAAAUUUUUUCAAGUUAAAUUGGAUCACUACUGUUAUAAUCUUUUGUUUUUAGUGAUCGUCUUGGUAACUUUGGCUCAGAUAAUCAAUACAUAUCAAUACUUAAUUCAAAGAAAAAUAUAUUACGUUAAGUAUACUUUGAAUGCGUCAAGGUUUUACACAAAAAAUAUAAAUAGUAUAAAUAGUAUUGUUCAGCAAAUGACGCGUCAAUUGACAAAAUAUAUCGACAUACGUAAAUAAUCA